UAAAAUUUCGUCCAAGUCGGGUGUCGCGGACGUCGUCCUACUUUUUGUUGUGCUUCGUGAAAAGUUUUCAAAAUCGGUUGCUUUUUCGUGCUGAAUUUGCGUAUAUUUUUUUUCACUUUCGCUCGCGCCUAGUGUGUGACCUCAGGAAAAACAUGGCUUUGUGUAGUUUGAGUAUCGAUUGAGUGUUUGAAAACCGCCAGGAUGAACAUCGGCAGGCUCAAGCUGAAGCCCAAGGGGGCCUCCUCCGGCAAGAACAGCAGCCCCUCUUCGUCGCUGGUGGCCGCAGAGGCCUCGACAGCCAACAGCCGGAGCAGCAGCACUAGUCACCUUUCGCCCCGACUUCCGGCCUCGACGAAAAGUGCCACCAGCAAAUCAGUGUCGUCCACGGUUGCAUCGUCGGUUCGGUUCAAGCUCGAGGACGAAAUCCUCGGCAGCGUCAGCAGUGCCAGCGGUGCCACAAGCCACGACAAUGACGAUAGCUUAGAGAUUAUGGAGGAAAUCGAAACGCAGGAUGAGGAGAGUGGAAGCAUUCGGGAGGAAGGCGGCGACGAUGGCACGAGCAGUGUUUCGGAAAAGGUGGUCCCACUGAACGUGGGUCGUCCGAAGACGGCAGCGACGACCGCAGUCGCGACUGGAAGCAGCAAGAAGCGCCAGCUGUUUGAUAUUGACGACGACGAGCCGGAACUUGAGUUGGGCGGUGGCGGGGGGAAGUUCGACAUCGAUGAACUGCAGCUGUCCGGGGACCAGAUUGCGGUGCACUUUCAACCGGAGGAGGGGGAGGAGGAGGAGGAGAGUGAGGGUGAUUUCGGGGUCAGGUUGGCCAACAAGAAGAAGUUGAUGCAGCAGAACCACGACGUGGACUCGCUGGAGCAGAUAUUGAACGAUAUUGAGUCGGGCUCGGAAGGGGUUGAAGCGCCGGCACCGGUUCAGAAGGAGUUGUCUCCGCUGAACGACGACGACGUGCUGAUCAACAACAGUAAGGUCAGCUUGAACGCGCUGAAGAAGCUGCAGAAGCAAUCGCAUGUGCAUGAAAACAACAACAGUGGGGACAACAGUUUGAACACCACGAACGAUAUCUCCGAGUUGGCUCGGGACACCGAAAGUGAUCGUGUGGCUAGUGAUCGGAGUGAGGGGAAAAUGUCGUCUUCCGAGGGAAGAAGCAAAAGUGUUGACGGUUCGACUGGGGGGAGUGAAUCUCGUGGCGGGGAGGAUAAACCGUUUGCCAGUCUUGGUGCCUUAAAGUUUGAAGAGGAGGGAGAUGAUCGCGAUCAGGAAGAUAACUCGAUCGAAGAAAUUGUGAUGUCGAAUCCCUCGGUAGUGGCGUCGUCGUCGGUCGCGAACGAAGCAAGUUCGUUCGAGGAAAACGUGACCGGUUCGGAAUUCGACAAGUCGAAGGAAGUGCGCGGUCAGAGUUCACCCGAAGAAGUGGGUUCGGAAGAUUUGAAGGAAAAGAUACUAACCUCGAGCAAGUCGUUUGAAGAGGUCAAGUCGCAGCAUGAGUUGGAAGUGCCUAGUGAUAAGCUGGUGGAAGAUGAUAAAGCUACCGCGGUGAAGCAAAUGGAAAAGGUGACGGAGUUUAAGGAAGCACUGGAGGAUAUCUCCGAAGAGUCGGAACCCACACUGACAACUUCCAACCACUCUGGAAGUAAACCAACCACGGACGACGAGCAAUCGCGACCUUUCGUGGUGCUCGAAAAGGGCAAGGAAAUGCGACGAAUUCUGGACGAAAACAUCUUCCAGAAGCAACUCAGCAUCGGAAGCACCAUCUACGAGGAUAACAAGGAAAACAUCCCGGACUCGCUGUCCCUGAACAAAUCCAUCGACUUCAACAGCGUCGUCAGCCUAAACAUGUUCCAAGCGAUGCAGCUCGAAAUGAAAGAGCUUCGAGAAAUCAUCGCCAACAAAGAAGCCGACUCGUUUUCGCGACGAGAAUCUCUCAAAGAACCACGUCCAGACUCCCUAAAAGACAACCAACGCAGCGAUUCAAACAGCUUGGCGACAAACUCAACCGAAUAUCGACCACUCAACGAGGAACCUCCCGCCCAAAAGGACCACACCAGCAAUGUGUAUCGCUGGGUGGAAAUCCUAGCGGAAAAGUUGCAAGAAUCGCUGCAAGAUCGCGACCGGCUCCAAGCCGAGGUCGACAAGCAAGCCGAAGAAAUCAACCAGAUCCGUAAGCAAUUAACCGAAAACGUAGAAGCUAUCCGCGGAAGACCGCACUGGAUGCGCGACCAGGAAAGCACCGGCCAAAGAAUCUCGGAAAUCUCCAUCGAUCUAGUCAGCGAAACGGACGACGCCCUGUCGGACUUCCCCGACAUGUACGAGGAGCGCUCAAACAGAAACUCGCGCGAGCGCCAGCUCGACCUCAACCUCGACAUUGACUACUCCGAGCAGAACCCGCUGCACAUCCCCACCGCCCCCAUGACCAAACAGCUCGAACAGUUCCGGAAGUACCUCUCCCCGGACGAACUCCGCCUGUUCAACAUGGUGCAGGGCAAGUUCGACGACUACAUCAAUCUGGAAAUGCACAAACUCAAAUCCACCCACGAAGACGAGUCCAAAGUCCUGCAGGAACGCCUCGAAGCGGAAAAGAACGAGCGCGAAGCGGAAGUCAGUCGCCUCCGCCAAAUGUUAACAAACGUCAAAUCUGGCUCGACGGAAAUCGUCGACCUCCGCACCGAGCUGGAAGCUCGCCACACCCAGGAGAUGGCCGACCUGCGCACGUAUUUCGAGAAAAAGUGCGUCGAACUGGAAAAGCAGUACUCGGAGGAGGUCUUUUCGAUGCACAGUCGGCGCGUUUCGGCGAACGACACCGUGUCGGACAUUUCCGACCAGGAGGAGUUCCCCGAGGAGAACGGAGGCUACCAGUCGAAGCAUACCAGCCCGAAGCGCAAGCUCAAGGAGGAGAUUUAUCUGAGCCCGACGCACCAUAAGAUCACGCCGACGACGAUCGAUACGGCGGGCGAGGGCAGCGCGGACGAGGUGAUGGAGGUGGUGGCGGAAGUUGAGAAGGACAUUCAAAUGAAUCCUGAUCAGCUGAACCAGUUCUACAAGACAAAGAUCGCAGAUCUGCGGCGAAAGCAUGACGCUGACAUGAAACUGCUACAAGAAAGACUGAAGUACUUCGAGGACAAAGAGGCUAGUGAAGAGUUUAUUCUUAACACGGAAGCUCCCGUUGUGAGCGCGAAUGCAUCCCACCUAACAACUCAAACAAAACCGCCUCCACCAAAAACACCGUCGACGACGUCCACAAACGUUGUCACACCCACUAACAACAACAUCAACCCAACGACGACGGCCGAUGCCGGUACCGAGCCGAGUGACGAUCUGCACGAGAUCAUCUCGGACUACGAGCGGCGGCUCCAGGAACAGGUGGCCCUCGCCCGGCAGGACGUGCUCCGCGAGCUGGAAGUGCAGAUACAGGCCCUCCUAACGGACACCGUCGUCGAGGACAGCCACUGGCCGCCGGAGCUGGUUCUGCUGAGGGAGAAGUUUACCGCCAAGAGUCAGCUCGAAAUCGCCCAACUUGAGAUCAAACAUGAAGAAGAGAUGGCCAAAGUAAAGGCGGACUUUGAAAAGCAGCUGCAGUGGAAGCUGAAGCGCCAGUCGACGUUCGAUUCGACGCGCGAUCUGGACAAAAUCAUCAGCGAGCGAGACAAUCUGCGGGAAUUGUCGUCUACGCUGCGCUCUGUACUUGGUGAGCUGGUCAAGUAUGUGACGGUCUGCGAAGACGACCUGAACGCCACCCUGAUUGGGGAGCUGCACAAGCACGGUAUCGCGGUCGCCGCUGGUGGGGACGAAACGUUGGACGGAACGCUUGCCGUUGAUCUGAACGAAACGGGUGCGUCGACGUGCUCGACGGGCAGGAAGUUGCACAAGUUUACGCCGGAUGUUUCCGGGUUGGCGUCGAUCAUCGAAGACCCUUCGCUGUUGCAUUACGUCUCGAAGGAAGAAACUGGACGGAGUUCGCUAAAUCUUGACGAAUGCUUGGAGCGACUCCGCUUGGAAGCCGUCCAUCUGCUGAAGUUGUCGGAAAAGGUCACGCGAAAAGCAGACACGAAAGAUGAAGAUUUAGACAAGGCCUCGGUGAAAAGUGACAGUUGUGAAGAGGAAGACGGACUCAAACGGGGUGGCAACAGCAGAAAAGACGGCGCAAGUACUCGUUCCUUCGACGAAAACAUGGUGCGUGAAGUUGAAGGCGUCGUGCCGAAGUUGCAAACUGCCACGAGCAGUCUGCCAACCGAUCUCACCACGGUCCAAUCCAGUGGCGAACUUAACAUCCAACUGCACGAGCUGCGAAAUCGUCUGCUCAAAACCGAAGACGAAAAGCGCCUCCUCGAAACCGAGCUGGCCGACACGUUGACCCGCCACAACAGCCUCGUUCUGGAACUCAACGAAACCAAGCAGCACCUGCUGGAGCUGAACAGUCAACGGGUCGAGUUCAGCGAAGGUUACGGUACGAACGCCCUGAUCCCGUGCACUCACCAACCAUCCAACAGCUUCGUAGAGCUGCUGGACCGUUCCAAACAUGUCCUGAGCAGUGCCUCGGACAACACGGUGGACAACGCCGCUGCCGCCAACCUGCUCCAGCUCGUCGAGGACUUUUGCCGCGAAGGUGAACGCUACAUGGACGACGGCAAGCGCGAAAAGGUCGAUCUGCAGUCGCAAAAAGUUAUUGACAGCACCAAAAGCAUUAGUUUGAAAUGCACUAACGAGUUGUACGACAAGAUCGAAGCCGCCGACAAACAGCUCAAAGCGACACGCAUGUUCCUGGAGGAGCAAGCCAUCGAGCGGGAACAGGAACGAGACGAGUUUGUGAAGGAAAUUCAACGGCUUAAAACGCAGCUCCGCGAAAAAGACAAGGACAAAGUGAGCUUCGAACGGGCCACCAAAGAGGAAGGAUUUUUGUGUGACAGUUGUAGUUGUGAUAUCGAUAAUCGGGAGAUUAUUGUAAAACUGGAAGCGGUUGAGCUGCAGAGCAAGGAACUUGGCGCACAUCUGGCCGAAAGGGACGACCGCAUUCGGAAGCUGGAGGCCGACCUGAAGGAUUCGAUCGACAAGGGCUUCACGCUGCGGGAAAUCAUCACCGAGCUGGAGUCGCAGAUCGACGGCAAGUCUGUCAACGAGCACGUGCUGGAUUCCAAGAUAAAGGAGCUCGAGCACUACAUCAACGCCCAGAACCGCCAAAACGAAUCCCUCCACCAGGAGAUGGAAAGCAUGAAGACGGACCUGGCCGUCCGCGGCUACGACGACAAGAUCGCCAAGCUCGAGGAGGAGCUGCGCCAGUCGCGCCCAAGCGUCGAGCAGAGCCUAGUCCUAGAAGCCCUGACCGUACAACUGCGCGACAUCGAGGAAACGCUCGAGCGCAAAACCAAAAAUCUCGAAACCCUGCAUUCCAACUCGGCUGCCUCGCUCGUUUGCAGCAGCCCCUCGGAGGACAUCUCCAUGAACCAGGACAGCCCGCUGCACCUGAGGAAAAAGUCCAACGAAAGUGGAACCGGGUCAAGCGGCGGCGGCGGCGAGGUCAGCCAGCCACCGGUUGCUCUGCCCGUGGACGAGGUCCAGCGAAUCUUCGACAAACUGCACCGGCACACCCGCGUCGAAGAAGUGGCCAUCAAACGCAUCAACGAUCUGGAGAUGCAAAUUGGCGGCGUGCGAACCAGCUAUGCGGAACUGCAACACGAGCGCGAUGUACUGCAGGAGCGCAUGUCGGAGCAAUCGCUCAAGAUCACCACGCUCCAGUCGAAGCUGGACGAGCAGCGCAUGCGAGCGGAGGAACUCCACCGGCAGGGCACGUCCCACCUAACGGUCCGGGUCCACGACCUGCAGGAGGAGCUGGUGAACCUGCGCGAGACGCUGCACACCCGCGACAAGCAGAUCGACAACCUGAAAAACUUCCUCGAAAACAGCCGCCAGGUGAUCGAACGGCAGGAGAAGGAACUCGCCAUGACGCAGGCCAGCAACGAUCGCAGCCAGUUCGAGAUCAAGCUGGAAGCGGAGCUGCAGGCAAAGACGGACGAGGUGCAACAGCUCAAGCACAAAAUCCAGCACGAAAUGAUCAACAAGGUGGCGCUGCCCGAUCUGAUGGAGACGAUGCUCGCGGACAAGAACGACGAGAUCGAUCAGCUGCGCGAGAAGCUCAACCAACUACAGCAAACCCCCGUAGCGGUGGCCACCAAAGACAACGAUGACAACGCGCGCACCCUCAGCGACAUCGUCUCGAUUACCGACUGCGACGAGUCGGCCGACAUGGUGAUGCGACGCGCACCGGAACAGAGCGAAGCAGGAGCAGGGCUCUUCCCGCCGCCACUGCCGCACAGCAUUCCGAUGAUGCUCUGGACCGAUUUUUGUGUCUUGACGAUAAAGGACGUCUCCAACUCGCUGUUCCACUCGAAAGACCCGCUCCAGACGGCUGCGACGACCCCCGCUGGAACCGCAACGACACCCCUUCUCGCCCCUCAGUUGCCGCAGCCUUCGUUCUUCGCAGCACCACCACCAGCACAACCAAAUCCCCCGACGACCUUCGAUGGUCACUUUUUCCAGGACCUUUCGGCGGCCUUCCCGCGGCCAACGACGUCCACCGGAACGCCCGAGUUUCUCCCGCGGCAGAUCAACUUUUCGCUGGUUGAUUCCGCCGAAUCGAGGGGGCGUGGGGUGUUCAGGGAGCCGGCGUUUAUCGAGGAGAUUCGGGAGGAGGAGGUUAAGGGGGGGAGGCUGGAGAACGAGCUGGAAUCGUUGAAGCUGAGCUUGGAUCGGGUGACAAGUGAGAGGGAGGGGGCGGCGAAGAAGCUGCAGGAGAAGGUGGACGAGAUUGCGGACUUGCAGGUGGAGUUGGGAGCGAGGAACAAGAUGUACGAGGAUUUGUUGGGGGAGAGGAAGGAGCUGAAGGAGGAGUUGGAGAGGGUGAAGGCGGCGUUGGAUGAGUUGGAACCGCUGACGGUGCAGUUGGAGGUGAAGGAGAAGGAGCUGAGGGAAGUGGUUGAGCAGCUUGAGCGAAGCGAGAAGGAGGUGGCGGAGGUUAAUUCGCUGCGGGCGAGUUUGGCUGAAGAGCUGGGGGAUCGUACCAAAGAGUCUGCUGAGUUGAAGGCGGAAAGGGAGAAGAGUCAGCUUUUGCUUAGUACGCUGAAGCAGCAGAUCGAGUCGUUGAACAAGACGAUUGGACACAAGGAUGAGUUGGUGUCGAAGCUGGAGAAGGACAUCCUGAAUUACAGUAAGAAUGAGGAAAAGUACCUGGAGCAGUUGAAAUCGCUGGACGCGAAGGAAACCGAGCUGAAGAUUGUGCAGGGCAACUACAAGGAUCGGCUGCACGAGAUCGAGAUGCUCAACGAGGACAAUCGCUUCCUGAACGAGGACAUUAAUCGGUUGAAGAGUGAGCUGGCAAAGAGCUCGUCGGCCGGGUCGACCUCGAACGUGUCGUACGUGCAGUUUUUGAAGCAAAAUUGCGAAAAGUUUGAGGAGGAGUUGCGUGAAACCAAAGUGCUGCUGACGGAGAAGAUGCUCGCGCUGGAGAGGGUAAGAAUUGAGCUGACGAGUUCGCAGCAUGAUGCUGAGGAGUUGAAGAGUCAGCUGAAGCAGAAGGAGAUGAUUAUGCAGCAGAUUGGUGACGAUGGAAAUAGUUUGCAUGAGGCGUUGUCCGGCAUUCAGAGCAAAAUGCAGGACAAACUGCGCGAGGAGCAGGAACGAAGCGCGACGCUGCAAGCGGAAAUCGAGCGACUGAAGGUGCAACUGCAGCGCAGCGACAACUCGUCGAGUCCGAAGCCCUUUUCGGUGGAGGAAAUCGCCGAACAGCUCGAGAAGGAGCUCAACUACUCGGCCCAGCUCGACUCGAGCAUCAUGAAGGCCAUCGAAAGUGACGACGUCCAGUCGGAGGAUGACGCACAGCGCCAACCCAAGUACAAGCAGUUCAACAAGGUGGAAGACCUGCGACAGCAACUCCAGCUGGAGGUCGACAAAGCGACCAAGCUGCAGGAACUGCUGGAAGCUGAGAAGCACAAUUCGAACGCGAUCCAAAUGCAGGACGCCGAGAUCAUCGAAGCGAUGCGACUUCGGCUGGAGGCCGCAAUCGAAAACGAAGGCGCCCUCCAAAAACUCCUCAGCGAUGAGCGUAACAAGAACGACCGACUCUCAACGCUGGUUGCGGGCGUGCAGCGAACCAAGUCCUUCGACAAUUACCUGCUCAUGAAGACGAAAUCUUCGCCCCACGAAUCGCCCUCGCGACGGCUCAACCGAAGCAACGAGUUCGAGUCGGAAGUGGUGGCGCGGUUGGAGAGCGAGAUCAAGUUCUUGACGGCGCAGAACGAGCGCGAGCGCGAACGGGCCGCGGAUUCACAGCGCGUGCUGGAACGGGAGCGGAGCCGGUUCGAGAAGGAGAUUUCCGACCGGAACGAGCACGGCGAGCAGGUGAAGCGCGAGCUGGUGAGGGUCACCAAAGAGAAGGAAAGACUCGAGGUCGAGCUGGAUCACGAGCAGGAGAAGCUGAUGCUGGCGCAUCGGGAGAUUGAGAGUUUGGAGAAGCGGAUAGGAGCGCUGCAGGAGUCGGAAUCGAUGCGGUCGAUUCGAAGGGAGCGCGUUUCGGGAGCGAAUUCGCUCGAGUUCCAGGAACUCCGUGCUCGUUUGGACCACGUGGAACAGGAGCGUAACCUGCUGCAGGAUGCGGUUCAAAGCCUUCGCACCGAAGUCGAGCGCCGAAAGCACCGUGAAGCGAAACUCACCGAAGCGUUGAGUAAGGAAAACUCCCUCCUGGAAGCCGGUCAAGGUACGGCGGUCCCCGAAGAGUUCCUCACCAAGCUGAAAGACCUCAAUCGCAUGCUUGAGUCGAACGCGCGCGAAAACCACCAGCAGGCGGAAACGCUCCGGCUCAUGAUGGACGAACGAAAAGCCCUCCAGCAGCGCAUCCAAGAGCUGGAACGGUACAGCCUUCACCCCGGUCAGUACAACCGGGACGACCUGGAAGAGCGGGCCAACCACCUGUUCGGUAAGUACCUUCGCUCCGAAAGCCACCGCAAAGCGCUGGUCCACCAGAAGCGCUACCUUCAAAUUGUGCUGGCCACAAACGAAGAGAACGAGCUGAAAGCGCUCCAACUCCUCACCGCCCAGGGCCUCACCCCAAAUCCCCCGGCACCCACCUCCCCCAAACACCGCCGCUCCUUCCGAGCCGUCGUGACCGCCGUGAUCGCCAUCGAACGGAUGCGGUUCAUCGUUCGAAAGUGGCAGGGCGGUCGCCGGGUUUGCGCCAAAGCAAUCUUCUCCCAGCAGUUCACGCCCCGGCGGACGCAAUCGGCCAGCACCAACCUGUGGGCCCGCUCGCCAAACUCGCACUUUGCCGAGUACAGCCGGGCGGCGGCGCCUCAUAGCCAGGUGUACUCCGGCCACUAUCUGAGGCUGCCCGAGCAGCAGCAGCUGCUCAUGAACGGCGAUCUGCGCGAGAAGCUCGAGGAACAGUACAAUCGGUCUAACGUUAAUCGAUAGAGUUCGUUUGGUUUUUAACACUUUAUUAAGCGGACAAAAGUAUUACCCCCCCUUGUUUUGACUAAGCAAUUGUUUCGAUUUCUAGUCUCUCUCUCUCGCUAACGAUAGCAUACUUGAAAAGUAUUUUCUCCCUCUUUUGUCUACACGUGCUUGACCGUAGGGGCAACAGCAACCGUUGCACAAAGCAGAUCGUACGGUUUCGAUAGUGCCUUACAAAUUUUCCUAAUUUAGGACGGCACGUUUGUGUUACAGUAACCAAAUAAAAAAGGAGAUCGUGAGCGACUUUUGUCUGUUGAAAUCUCAAUUCCUGUUCAUAAUUGCCAUCUACUCAAAUAAUAAUUAAGUUAUACUUCUUUGACGUUACUUUGUAAGUUCUUUUCAGUUUAGCUCAUAGAUUGUAGUUCUUAGAAAAUGUAGGAAUAAAAACACCCAGUACUUUUGUUUAGACCCUUUAUACCCCCUGAUGUACAAUGAUUACGUUUACUGUGUGUUUUAGUUCAAUAGAUGCCACCAAUAAAUUAGAUAAACAAAACCCUAUAUUAUCAAAAUAUGCACUGUGAA